AUUAUAUUACAUCCACGGUGUCUUAUAUUGCACUAUUGUUCAUUGAGUAUUAUCAUUUAGUACAUCUUUGUAUCCGAGGCAUUCCCCGCCCCCUCCCUAGUUGAGUAUAUUGGCUUAAAGGGACAUUUCUAUUGUAAUGAACAGCGUAUUGUUUUGUUUGGCAUCUGCUUGGAGACCAAUAUGCGGGGGAGGAUGUCAUAUAUAAAGUAGUACAAAUGCAAAUAAAAACACACAUAUCAUUGAGCAUUCAGAUGCAGAAUCCUUUAUAAUAUCUAUAGAUGCCAAACUUGACUUGAGUGAGUAAGAACAUCUUAGUUAGGAAUCAUGAAACAACUCACAUCAGUUAUGACUCUGCUUUUGCAAAGUACUUUGACAUUAUUUUUAGUGCUGUGUUCCACAGAGAUAAGGGUAGACGCCUUCACAGUUUCGUCAGACAAAGAAUUGAAAGAUAUUUUAAAAGAUGUUAUACAAAAUGUAUUAUUGGAAUCUUCGCCAACAUUUCAACUAGACAAUAGAAAUACAGGUUUAACUCUAAAAGGACUAUUGCUUACAGUGCCAGAAGUUGAACAACGCGGUGAAAGGCAGCAUCAUAAGUCAAUCGCAGAAUUUCCAAUAUACAAAAGGGCAGGUAUGCGGGGAGACAUACCAGCCAGUAAAUUUGAUGCCCUCAUCCGCAAACUUUUGGGUCUAUCGGGGAAAUCAGAUGAUGACAUAGGAAGAGCAAUUCAGAUCAGAUUUGGAAGAAAAUAGUGCUCCGAUUCUCCGAGCCAUUUUAGGCUGCACCGGCGCUCUACAGUCGAUACCAUGGUGGAUAAAGUAGAAAUCGAGACUGUCUUGGAUUCUAAGAAAACUAGGACGUAAUUUACAAAUUUGACGUUCAGCAACGUGCCCAGAGACAAGUGUUCACUAGAGAGGAGGAGUCACCAAGACAGGUUUUAUUGUACAUCCCCUGUGAAGAGUUUUCAUUUCUUUACAACUCAUUUAUCUAUGAUGAUAAAUAUAUGAAAAAUGCCUACAUUCGAACUGUUACAGUUUUUGACUUAGUUAAGAAUUUGCUCAAAUGGCCAAUGCUUCUGAAUGAUGAGUUGCAAUCAUUCCCGUCGUAAAUAUAGCCAGCAUUUUCUUUCCCGGGUAAUUUAACUGAGUUGUAUUUUCCUAU